UCAUCCUCACCGCUUCGUCUCCCUCCUCUGUGUCGCUCCUCUGUCUCCGUCGAUUUUUCCAACACGGUGGCGGCACGGCGGCCGUCGUCGUAGGACAUGGAUGACCCGCAUCGUCGGGUGCGAGGCGAUCCAGCGCCGCCGUAUGGAGAUUUUGAUGGUCUGUUCAGUGUUGAGAUCCACCAUAGUGGUUUCUUUUGUGGCAGUGACAUAAACAGAACAUACAUGGACUAUGAGGUUGAUUGGUUUGACAAUUGUCAGACUGACACUUGGUCCUUACUCUGGAUUGAUGACUUUCUUCUGCAGCUGGGCUAUGAUAGACAAGCUUCAAAGAUUGAUGUUUACUGGUGUGAACCAAGAAAGACAGUUAGUGAUGGCCUGAAGCUCUUAACCUGUGAUGCCGACAUUGUUCUUAUGAUUUGUGCAACAUUAGAGCACAAGAACCUGCUGCUGAUAGUAGACCAUGGUGAUACCCUGCAGUCAUUAAACAAAGAUGAUGUUCUGACAAAUGGAGUGAAGGAUCCACCUAAGGUUAUUACUCCAAAGAGGCAUGGAAAAGAAAAUGUCAGUUAUCCAGAGAAAGAGCAGAGUCCUAGAGAGAAAAUGUCAAGGACAACAAGGAGAUCUAUGUCAUUUGGAGAAGGAUGUAGCUCAAGGAAUGCUAUGGAGGAGGAGAAUAUUGAGGAUGUUAACAAUAGUGAAGAAGAGGGAAAUGAUGAGGAUGCAGGGUCAGAAACAGACGAGGAGUUCUAUGAGAGUGACUAUGAAGUUGCAGAAGGUGAUGAUGAUUUGUUUGACGCAAAUGUAGACAAAGAUGUUGAUGAUCACAGAGAGAAGAACAUAUUGCCAGACUUUGAAGAAGAACUUCCAGAAGAUGCUUUGGAGGACAGCCACUUAAAUAUGUCGAAAGAAGAGAAAGAGAAGUUGAAGCACAAAUUCAGUACUUUCAACCCAACAACUGAUCUGAAUGCACCUGUGUUUAAGAUUGGGUUGGUGUUUGCAGAUAUGAAGGAAUUGAGGCAUGCUCUCACUGCAUACAGUGUAAGGAAUAGGGUGAAAGUGAACAAGCUCCGAAAUACUUCAGUAUCACUAGAGGCUGUAUGCAAGCCUGGUUGCACUUGGUACUUGAAGGCAGGUAAAGAUAACAGGUCAAGUAGCAUACAGAUCAAGAAGUAUGUUGACAAUCACACUUGCACAAAAGCAUGGGACCUGAGAGUUCUGACUGCUCCUUUUCUUACUAACAAGUUCAGAGAAGAAUUCAGAGACAAUGAAAAAAUGCCUCUGAAGAAAUUUUCAGAUAAGGUGGAGACAGAAUAUAAUUUGGUUCCACACAGGAGUAAGUUGGGAAGAGCUAGGAGAGCAACAGUGAAUCAAAUAAGGGGAGUAGAUGAUGACCAAUAUAAUACUUUGUGGGACUAUGGUCAGGAGCUUAGAAGGAGCAAUCCAGGAAGCCAGUUCUUCUUGUGCACUAAGGAAGUAUUUGAUGAGAAGACAAAGAAGGGAUUAAUAAACGCAGUGAAAAAGGUUUUCCCUCAUUCAGAACAUAGAAACUGUGUUAGGCACAUUUAUCAAAAUUUCCAUAAAGUACACAAGGGAGAGCAGCUCAAGAAUGAUCUAUGGUCUAUAGCAAGGUCCACUAAUAAAGCUGCAUACACCAGGAACAUGGAUCUAAUGAAAGAACACAGCUUGGGUGCCUACACCUGGGUUGAGAAAUUGGAGCCAAGAACAUGGAUCAAAGCAUUCUUUGACCCGUUUUGCAAGUGUGACAUAUUACUAAACAAUAUGUCAGAAGUGUUCAAUAGUUACAUUUUGGAUGCGAGGGAAAUGCCAAUUAAGUCAAUGUUGGACCAGAUAAUGUGGAAGCUAACAAACAGGAUUGUUGGUAAGCAGAGAGAGGCAGAGAAAUGGACAGGCAGAUUAUGUCCCAAGAUACAGAAGAAAUUGGACAAGUAUGUGGAGUGGGCAAAGAACUGCAGGGUGCAAGAGUAUGGGCAAGGUGUUUGCAAGGCAUGA